UUGAGCUGCUCCUCAAGCCUUGCCUGUUUCCCAGUGCAGGGCCUGCUCAGGACUCCUCCACCGCCGGCCGGCGUCUCCCGGUGGUUCCGGGCCUGCAGCUAUUCCAAGCAUUACGGUCCCGUCUGGAGGCUGGGCUGGGAGAGGCGGGGAGCAGGCCGUGCCGGGGAGGAGGCGGAGCGGGGGCUGCCGCUGGAGGUGCCGCGGCCGCUCUGGAAGGCAGGGCGCGGGCGGCGUGUGGCUGAUCCCAACUUUAUUGAAGAUGAAGUCCUGGAUACUGUCACUGCUGUUGACCUGCAUUAGCUGCACAUGGCACACACAAGCUGAAUUUUUCACCUCUAUAGGUCAGAUGACAGACCUGAUUUAUGCAGAGAAAGAUCUGGUGCAGUCUUUAAAGGAAUAUAUUCAAGCAGAAGAAUCUAAACUCUCUAAGAUUAAAAGCUGGGCUGAAAAAAUGGAUGCACUGACUAUGAAAUCAGCUUCCGACCCAGAAGGUUAUCUUGCACACCCAGUAAAUGCAUAUAAAUUGGUGAAGCGUUUAAAUACCGAUUGGCUGGAAUUAGAGAAUCUAGUUCUUCAGGACUCAACAAGUGGUUUUAUCGCGAACCUCACAGUUCAACGUCAGCUCUUCCCAACUGAGGAGGACGAGACAGGCGCUGCUAAGGCUCUAAUGCGUCUACAGGACACAUAUAGACUGGACCCUGAGACCAUGUCUCAAGGGAGACUACCAGGAACAAAAUACAGAUCAUCUUUGACAGUGGACGACUGCUUUGGCAUGGGAAAGAUUGCUUACAAUGAAGGAGAUUACUAUCAUACGGUGCUGUGGAUGCAGCAGGCAUUGAAGCAGCACGAUGAAGGGGAAGAUGCAGCCAUCACCAAAGUGGAGAUCCUGGACUAUCUCAGCUUUGCUGUCUUCCAGUUCGGUGACUUACACAGGGCCGUGGAGCUCACCAGGCGCCUGAUUUCUCUCGAUUCUGCUCACGAGAGGGCAGGCAGCAACCUGCGAUAUUUUGAGAAGUUGUUGGAGAAAGAGAGAGUGGCAAAGCUACUAAAUAAGACGUCAACGAUAACAGAAUCGGCCACACAAGGUGGGCUUUAUGAGAGACCUGCUGACUAUCUGCCAGAGCGUGAUACCUAUGAGGCUCUCUGCAGAGGCGAAGGUGUGAAAAUGACAUCUCGGCGACAGAAGAGGCUGUUCUGCAGGUACCAUGAUGGAAACAGAAAUCCCCACCUGGUCAUAGCUCCCUUUAAGGAAGAAGAUGAAUGGGACAGCCCUUAUAUCGUCCGAUACUAUGAUGUCAUGUCUCAUGAAGAAAUAGAGAAAAUUAAGGAGCUGGCUAAACCAAAAUUGGCACGAGCCACGGUACGUGACCCCAAAACAGGUGUCCUAACAGUGGCCAGCUACAGGGUGUCAAAAAGUUCGUGGUUGGAGGAACAUGAUGAUCCUGUUGUUGCCAGAGUAAAUCACCGAAUGCAGCAUAUCACGGGAUUAACAGUAAAAACAGCUGAACUAUUGCAGGUUGCUAAUUAUGGAAUGGGAGGACAGUAUGAGCCACAUUUUGAUUUCUCAAGGAAAGAUGAACCUGAUGCUUUCAAGCGUUUAGGGACUGGAAAUCGUGUGGCCACUUUUUUAAACUAUAUGAGUGAUGUAGAAGCUGGAGGUGCUACAGUUUUCCCAGACUUUGGGGCUGCAAUUUGGCCCCAAAAGGCUUUCGUUUUCAGGGGACAGCAGUGUUUUGGUACAAUCUUUUCAGAAGUGGCGAGGGUGAUUAUCGAACAAGACAUGCAGCUUGCCCAGUAUUAGUAGGCUGCAAAUGGGUUUCAAACAAAUGGUUCCACGAAAGAGGGAAUGAGUUCUUAAGACCUUGUGGGUCAACAGAGGUCGACUGAAAUCCAUCCUGCUACUAGCUCUUCCUUUUUUGUCCCUUUCUUUUUCAGUUCAUUUCUAAGAAAUGAUCCAUCUUCUAUUAUGAAAGAGCUCUGGCACUUUUUAAAAAGAAUGUAACCUCUAUAAGUGUGAAAGAAGCAAAAGGCUGUAAUGACUUGGCAGUACUUGGUAACUAUUAUUUCCCCCACCUCUCCCCCAGUUUCACCUUCUCACCACACCUUCCCAAUUUGUCUCUUCCGUCAUAACAGUGCAAACAGCACUUUUGGCAAUUCAGUGCAUUUGAGCGCCUGGUCUUGUGCCUUUCAUUCCUCAGAUGUUUUAGGUGUUAAAUAUUUCAUUGAGCCAAAGUUUUGUGUACGUGUUAAAUUUAUUGUAUUUCUGUGGAUUGCAAGUUUUAACAAAUAAAUGCUGUUUCAAAAAAAAAAAAAAAAGUUGUUCUCUGCUGUGAGCUUGUGUCUAAUGCUGUGUCCCAGCUUAUCUAUGGGUCUGGGCCAUUUGCUUCAUUUAGAAAUGUUUAUGAUCAAAUUUGGACUAGCACUUCGGAGCUCGAUCACACAAGGUGCUGAGCACCCACACCUCCUAGGGAAACCAGAGUGAGCUCAGGUUGCUCAGUACCUUGCAAGACUGAGCGUGUAAAUUGGUGUAGCUGUAUUGAAAUCUUACAACAUGCUUACAGUGUUGUAACUUGGCCUGGGUUUUUCCUUUGUCUGAAUUGACUUCAGUGGAUGCGUUGCUUGAAUAAGAACCUCCAGGUUUGGGCCCGAGCUUACUCCAGUUAACAGAAUCGUCACUUUCAUUUUUAAAAUAAGAAAUACAAAAAUAUCUACAACACAAUAAACUCCUAUGCUUCCAUUAUCUUUAGGAAAUAUUGUAUAUGGGAAACCUAAAAUCUUUGAAAAAUACAUAGGUAGAUUUAUGACAGUCUCUAGUUACGAUUUUAAACAUUUUCAUUAUUUUUGUGUGGUGCCUUCACAUUUUUGUGACUUUUUCAUCCCAGAAGUAUACGUUUCCUUUGCAUAGUACUGUGCCUUUUUGCUGCAGGAAGCCCUGAUCUAAUAAAGCACUUAAGCACAUGCUUAACUUGAAGUCAACGGGACAACUCACAAGCAAAGUUUAAGCACGUGCUUAAGUGUCUGGAUAGAUUGGGGCAUGUGUUCUUGUGCUCAAGUCAUCAUUUUCUUCUGUACCAGACACACAAGGAGCCAGAUUUCCGGCUGCCUUGCAUCUUGUGUUGGUCACUUAACACAUGUGAAGGGACUGUAAAGUGCUUCCAAAUCAUAAUGGUUUCAUGAAGGGGCAAGGGCUAGAGGAUAAGACUACACAAAGCACAAGACAGUAGAAAUUGGGGCCAAAUAUCUGUAUUUAGGUGCUUUACAAUUUCUUCAAAAAGUAUGAGAUGAUUACUUAUGGGGAGUGAAUAGCACAAAAGUUCUAGCAGAAUUGAGAAGAAAUAGAUAUGUUUUGAGGGAAAAAUUAAGAAAUACUGAGCCAGAUUGUGGCUGACUCUUGUGCAGAUGUGCCAGGGAGUUGACUUCAAUGGGAGUUCUUCUGGCCAGUACUGGUAUGAGGGUGAACGUUUUAGAAUAUUAGUGAUUUCAAGUGAACUCCUUAGAGUGAACAGUAAAAACCUACAUUAUUGCUUAAAGACUAUGGGCAUUGACAUUCAGAAGAGACUUCAGUGAAAGAAAAUUCAGUUAACUUGCCGUGUCUAAUUGCACGCAUAAUGUCAUCAUAAGAUGAACAUUGAUUUCUUCUCCAUUGUAAGGUAACUGUUGAAUGAACUAAUACUUAAAACAAUUAUCUGUCAACAUCCUCUUGAGGGCUGGAAGCACUACACCUACUAGAUUGUGUUCUUAGGGAAAGAGCAAUUUAGAGAGUAUUGGAUUUCAUAUGGCAGGUAUAAUGGACAUCACCCUCCCUGGUACGAUGGUAGGAUAGUGUGGCUCUGAUUCAGCAAUAAACUUCAGCACGUGCCUAAAUUUUAGCAUGUAAAUAUUUCCAUUGAAUUCAAUGGAAUUACAUGCUUAAAGUCUGGCACAUGCUUAGGCCUGAUUCUAUCAAGUACUAAUCAUAAGUUUUAAUUUCACCAUGAGUGGCAAAUAUACUCUUGAAGAGAAGGCUGGAAGGUUAGAUAAACGAAUAGAGCUGAUGGAAUCAUUCAUUGUGAACGAUAUGGGUGGGAAGCGUUGUUCAUUGAAUAAUUAUCUGUGAAUAAAUCGCUUUAUCCUACAAAGAGCUGCAGUAAGUAAUGUGAAAUCAUAAGCACUUUCACAAAGCCUAUGGUAAUAAAUGCAAUACACUACACUCUGCA